UGGGAGGAUGAGAUGGGAGAGAGAGAGAGAGAGAAAGAGAGACUGAGAGAGAGAACGCGUUCAUUUUGUUUCGACAGCGGGCUUUUCGGAGGUUCUCUUUAUCCCUCCCCCCUCGUCGAUGAAAACUUUCGCGCUGUCGAUUUGAUCGUGCGUUCUCCUCGUGUGGAUGCCUCAUAAUCUUAUUCGAAGGAUUUUUUUUUUUUUUUGUCUUUUAUUUCUCCCAAUUUUUUUUCCCCAUUUGUGUAUAUUUUUCCUGGUUUUCACGAAAUUAGGGAGCUCGGGGGAGGAAUUUGGCUCUAAAACUCGAAUCUUUUGGACUUUUGCGUUACUGUCGACGGUUUCUAGUGCUGAUAUUUUGGAGUAAAUUUGGACUGCACGAGGCCGAGACUGGGAGCAGAUGGUAUUUUGCAGUGGAAUGAAGUGAAUUGGAUGCUCGGGAGGAUCGUGGGGUUAGUGGAAUCUGAAGCACUGGAUCAGCUACUGGGGGCUAGGGUUUUGUUCUGUCCAAGUGCUGGGGCUCGGGAGUUUGAUUAGUCGUUGAGUGCGUCCUUUUCAGAUAGUUGUAGGUGGGUAUGUGGAUUUCACUUGCUUGGAUCCGCGGGUGCGUGGGCGUGAUGUUUCUGGAUUUCUGGGGGCGGAGUGAGGCCGAUUAGAGCGCGUUUGGACUCACUUUCCCACCUGAACGUCUGGGGCAAAAUUUGAUUUGAUUUUUAUUUUUUUUUUCUUUUUCGGUUUGGGAAUUGUGGGGAAUUUGGUAGUGUCUCGGGCGUUUGGGUGUCGAUGGAGGCUAAGAUUGGGAGUGGAAGCCACCUUUUGAGUGGAACUGGGAGGAAGAGUUUCGAGUGGGAUUUGAAUGAUUGGAAGUGGGAUGGCGAGCUCUUCGUUGCCACUCCUGUGAAUGGUGUACCUCCAGGUGUUGCAAACGGUGCGCCUUUAAUUUGCUCGUCUAGUUGCUUGAGAGAGACUGAUCUUGGAAUUGGCGGGAAAGGGAAAGGGAAAGGAGAAGUCGAGAAGAGGCGAAGAAUCGUUCCGGUGGAAGAAGGCGAGCCGUCGGAUGGAGAUGGAUCUCUUAGCUUAAAGCUUGGCUGGAAUGCUUAUCCGACUGGGGAGGUUGAUAUUGCUAAGAGUGAGGAAGAGGAGAGCGGGAAGAAGACUAAGUUACCAGGGAGUACUUCUAAUGGCCCGGUUUGCCAGGUGGAAGGAUGCGCGGCCGACCUUAGCCGUUCGAGGGACUACCACAGGCGGCACAAGGUUUGCGAGAUGCAUGCCAAGGCAAGCACGGCCGUGGUAAGGAAUGCCAUCCAGCGUUUCUGUCAGCAAUGCAGUAGGUUUCACCUUCUACAAGAAUUUGAUGAGGGGAAGCGAAGCUGUCGACGGCGUUUAGCGGGUCACAAUAGACGGAGGAGGAAGACUCAUCCUGAUAGUACUAGUGGCGGGGCUUCCUUGAUAGACGAUAAGUCUAGCAGCUAUCUAUUGAUAAGUCUGCUAAGAGCCCUCUCCAACAUGCAUUCUAAUAACUUCGACCGAACAGAAGAUCAGGACCAAUUAUCUCAUCUUCUAAGAAACCUGGCAACUCUUGCUGGCUCAUUCGAUACUAGAAACCUUUCUGGAUUGCUGCAACCAUCUCAAAGCCAGCUGCCACUCGGGGCCAGUUCCGGAAUGUCCUUAGAAGCAACUAAUAUGGUUCCAGAUUCUUCUCCUGCAUCUGAAUCUACUGGACCAAUGUGUCCUCCCUCUAAAAUAACUUGUGUUAAUGGAGGUCAGGGUCCUCAGAUCUCAGAAAAUUUUCUAUCUGAUGCUGUACCAAAGGAUUGUUCUCAUCCAACAACAAAUACAAUGACAAAUUCUCCAGAGUCUACUGCAUGCAGAGUGCGUUUGAAUGAUUUUGAUCUGAACAAUGCAUAUAAUGAUAUACAAGACUGCGGAGUAGGAUGCGAAAAGUCAAUUAUUCCUUCAUGUGCAGAAAAUAGUUCUCCAAAUUAUCUAUCGCAGACGAGUGGUAAUUCAGAUUCAAUCUCCACCCAAUCACUAUCUAGUUCUAAUGGAGAUGCGCAGUAUCAAACAGAUAGAAUCGUGUUCAAGCUCUUUGGAAAAUAUCCUCAUGAUCUUCCUCUUGUUUUACGAACACAGAUCCUUGACUGGCUAUCCAACAGUCCUACCAAUAUUGAGAGCUACAUUAGACCUGGUUGUGUUAUUCUGACGGUAUAUCUUCGGCUAUCGGAGCCUCUGUGGCAGGAGCUUUGUGAUUAUCUGAGCUCCUACCUGGAUAGGCUUUUGAAUAGCUCUACCAACAACUUCUGGAGAUCAGGAUGGAUGUAUGUUAAGGUGCGGCACCAGAUUGCAUUUAUUUAUAAUGGUCAAGUUGUCCUAGAUGUGCCUCUUCCUCUCGGAUGUCCAGAUAAUUCUGGGAUUUUAUGUGUGAAACCUGUUGCUGUUCCUCAUUCGACAACAGCUGACUUUACGGUGAAGGUUUUUAGCCUAGCUCGUUCAACCACAAGGUUGUUUUGUUCUUUUGAAGGGAAGUACUUAGUUCAAAAAAUGACAGUAGUUUUAACUGAGGAAAGUGGUGCGGAUUCUGAGCAUGAAGAAUUGGUGUGUCUAAGCUUCUGUUGCUCUCUCCCUGAUGCAAGUGGGAGAGGAUUCAUUGAGGUCGAAGACCGUGGCCUCAGCAACAGCUUCUUCCCAUUCAUAGUAACAGACCAAGAGGUAUGCUCCGAGAUUCGUACACUAGAGACUAUAAUCGAGAUAGCCACGAAUAACAAUGAUUCCCAAGGAAGAGAAGACAAAGAAAAUUCUAGAAACCUAGCUAUAAACUUCUUGAACGAACUAGGGUGGCUUCUCAGAAUGCACUUCCUGAUGUCCAGGCUUGAAAAAGUGGAGUUUCAUAGAGAAGCCUUUCACCUGAGCAGGUUCAGUUGGCUUAUUUCAUUUGCCAUGGAGCACGAUUGGUGUGCAGUUGUGAAGAAGCUUUUGGACAUUUUAUUUAGUGGAACAAUUGAUUUGGGUGCUCGUUCUCCUCGAGAAAUCGCUCUUUCAGAAAAUCUGCUCCACCGAGCUGCUGGAAGAUGCUGUAGAGAUAUGGUUGAGCUUCUGCUUAAGUAUACGCCAGAAAAGAGCUUAAAGGAGAGCAGCAACGAGAGAUUACUCUUUAGACCAGACUUUCUCGGACCUGAAAAUAUAACUCCGCUACAUAUUGCUGCAGCUGGUCGUGGUUCUGAGAGUAUAGUGGAUGCACUGACUGAUGAUUCUGAAAUGGUGGGAAUAAAUGCAUGGAGAAAUGUGCGUGACUCCGUAGGUUACACUCCGGAGGACUACGCGCGAAUGCGAGGACAUGAAUCUUACAUACAACUGGUCCAAAAGAAACUCAAUACAAAAAUAGGAAAGCACUAUUUUGUAGUAAAUAUUCAUAGUGACAAUCACCCGAAAUAUACUGAUGCAGAUAAACCCUUCAAACCUUCCUUUGGAAUUGCCAAGAGCAAGUUAAUGAGACCAAGCCAAAAGCCUUGCUGCAAUCUCUGCAGCCGGCAAUUGAUGGCUCAUCACAAUUCAAUGGCCCGGACUUUGUUGUAUAGACCAGCUAUGCUCGCGAUGGUCGGUGUUGCCACGGUGUGUGUUUGUGUGGGCAUAUUGUUCAAAACUAUGCCUGAAGUUUUCUUUGUAUCCCCUUCAUUUAGGUGGGAAUUAUUAGGGUAUGGAUCAACUUGAGGGAGAAGUACCAAAAGGAUCGAUUGAUAUGGUUAGGGUAGUGUGGGAAGUUUGUUUAAGAUGAGAGCAACUGUGUAAUAUAUUUUCGGACAGUGCUGUCCUAUAAUAAAGCAGAAUCAGCUUAUUCUUCUUCUUGCA